AUGAGUCAGUCUGUGAGUACGCCUUCACGAAUAUCAGUACAGUCUGGAAAGGACGGUAAAUCUUUACCUGGAUCAUCAUCAGAUGGAUCUCUCGUAGAUGGAGAAUUACAAUUCCCAUCUGCAAAGGGACGUACUGUACAAAGUAAACCGAUUGUAUCGUUGAACAAUUCUAUUUUAAAGCCAGUGGGAUUAAGUUUAAAUGAUAACGAUAGUUUGAAAACACCAACUGCUUUUGGUAAUACCGAUGUAACUUUAAAAACUCCUACUGUCCUGGGUUCACCCACUAAAGGCCCGUUAUCAGCUGGUGCUCAUGUCGAUGAACUGACUACUCCUAAACUAAACUUGAAUAACUUUUCAACUCCGUGUACCCAGGCACAGGCUUUCUUUGGUGAGCACGAACCACUUCUAACCGCUAACAUUGAGAUUUCAACCAUUCUUCCACAGUCGUCAAUUGCCAGUGUAGCACCAGGUGUUACAGCAGUAGGGUCAAGUGGAACUCAAAGCGAUAUAAAGGAUCAGAAGACGACUAUAACCUUUAAAGGAAGUAUCAGUACAAGUAUAAGCACAUUUGGUUCUCAAAACGUCAAUUCCCCGGGUCUGAGUGCAACAAUGUUUCAAUUUUCUCCACUUGUUGAACAUUUCUUGCAGUCGAUCACUAAAUCUCAACAGACAAAUGCAAACUUGCCAUUAUUAGUUCUGGAUCCAAAUUCAAAGGCUCCUGCAGCGACUGAUGCACCUGAUUUAUUCAGAAUACUUCAAGAAAAUAAGGAUACGGGAAAUGUGUCAGCUGCUGGUUUUCAGCAGCUACCUACCUCACAACUUUCAGUCUCUGCAGCAUCAGGAGGUCAUCAAGUCCUAUCAGAUUACAUUCAGACCAGUCGUGCUGGAAUGCUUAAUCGUACAACGCCUCCACCAGGGCCAUCUGGUGUCAAGCACAGUGGAUUCAGUUCCGCUGCUAUUCCCAGUACUGUAUGUGCCGGUACACACUGUACGCAGCAACAAGACACUAGAGUUAAACCUGUUCUUUCUGUUGUUGCUGGCGCUCCGGAAAUGAUUGGUGUAUCACCUCAAAUACAUCAGCACAAAUAUCAUAUACAUCAAAACAUUACUUGUACUCUCAGUCCAGUAGAAACCGAGAGCAGUAACUCUAACUCAAAUGUUGCGCAACGAACGUAUCAGACAUGCAAUUUUCUGACAUGCAAUAGCCUACCAUAUCGAACGAUUCAGAGUCAAACAUCUUGCACUGAAACACCAAGCAUAUAUCGAUCAGAUUUUGAUCCAAAACCAGAGCCAACAGAUGAUUAUUAUCAGAGACCUGUAUCUUUUGUUCAGUCUGGAUCGCAAUUUGAACAAACUACUUCCACAAAAAGUCGAAAAUGUUCGAAUCGUCUAACAAAACCAUUAUCGCAAGAGCGACCUUAUAAAUGUCCUAUUGAGAACUGUGAUCGGCGUUUUUCUAGAUCAGAUGAGUUAACACGUCACAUCAGGAUACAUACUGGACAGAAGCCUUUCCAAUGCCGCAUUUGUAUGAGAGCAUUUUCACGUAGUGAUCACUUGACAACACAUGUUCGAACUCACACAGGUGAAAAGCCAUUUAGCUGUGAUGUGUGUGGAAGGAAAUUCGCUCGCUCCGAUGAGCGUAAGCGACACACAAAAGUGCAUGCGAAGCAAAAGGAUCAUCGGCAUAUCAACGUUAGUGGCUUUAAUGGUAAUGGUGAUUUCAAGUUGCAGAUGUAA